GUGGGCCGACCAGCCGCGCCUCGCAAAUUUUCUCGCCCAACAAUUCAGCCGGGUCACCGUCUCACUUCCCGUCGACUUCUUAUAUCGAGACCAAUCGGCAUGGCGGAUAAAGAAAAGAAGAAGAAGACCAAGAAGAAGGAGGAGGCUCCGGCGCCCGAGCCCGAGCCCGCGCCAGCCGAGGAGAAACCACCAACCCCUACGAGUACACCGAAGGAAUCCGGUUCCGCCAGGGCGAGCAGCCGCGGCAGUCGCAAGGCUAAACGCAGCGGCUCCAGCGUCUUCUCCAUGUUCUCACAGAAACAGGUGGCCGAGUUCAAGGAGGCAUUCCAGCUGAUGGACGCGGACAAGGACGGCAUCAUCGGUAAGAACGAUCUUCGUGCGGCCUUCGACUCGGUUGGCCGACUCGCGACCGACAAGGAGAUCGACGAAAUGCUCAACGAGGCCUCGGCACCCAUCAACUUCACUCAAUUGUUAAACCUGUUUGCUGUUCGUAUGUCAGGAUCAGGUGCUGACGACGACGACGUCGUAAUCAAUGCCUUCAAGACAUUCGACGAGAAUGGCAAAAUCGACGGCGAAAGGUUAAGGCAUGCUCUGAUGACGUGGGGCGACAAAUUCACACCCAAGGAAGUGGACGACGCCUUCGAUCAGAUGUACAUCGACGAUAAGGGUUUCAUCGAUACUCCGAGUUUAAUUGCCAUGUUGACCGGCACGGGCGAAGAGGAAGAAGAAGGAUAAGAUCAGAUGAAGUUAUAUCUCAUCGAGAAAACGUUCCUCGAUCAUGAAGCCUCGUAUAUUGACGUCACGUGGCUUGCCUCGAAGGAGGACA